AUGGCCACAAAGCGCCCCCACGCGGCAAUGAACGCCGCGCCAGAAGACGAUGAACCCGUCGACCCAAGUGAUGAGCUCAUGUUCCUGGCGCUGGGCGGAGGAAACGAGGUGGGGCGAUCAUGUCACAUUAUCCAGUACAAAGGGAAGACCGUGAUGCUGGACGCGGGUGUACACCCAGCGUUAGAAGGGCUGGCGGUGCUACCUUUCUACGACGAAUUCGAUCUCAGCACCGUGGAUAUACUUCUCGUAACCCACUUCCACAUGGAUCACGCCGCUUCCUUGCCCUACGUCCUCAGCAAGACCAACUUCGCCGGCAAGGUCUACAUGACCCAUCCCACCAAAGCCAUCUACAAAUGGAUGAUGCAGGACUCGGUCCGCGUUCAAAACACACAUACUUCUGGAGCCGGCAGUGCGGAUGGCUACGUCAACCAGCUCUUCAGCGAACAAGACAUCCUCUCCACUCUGCCUCUGAUCAACACCAUUAGCUUCAACACCACCCACACCCAUAAUGGAAUCCGCUUUACCCCGUAUCCCGCUGGCCACGUCCUGGGAGCAUGCAUGUACCUCAUCGAGAUCGCAGGCCUGAACGUCAUGUUUACCGGCGACUACUCCCGCGAGAACGACCGCCAUCUCAUCCCUGCCGCCGUCCCACCAAACGUCAAAGUCGACUGCUUGAUCACCGAAUCGACAUUCGGCGUCAGCACUUCCAUCCCACGCAGCGAGAGAGAAGCCGCUUUAAUGAAGUCCAUCACCAGGAUUGUGGGCGGUGGCGGACGAUGCCUGCUUCCUGUUCCUGCCAUCGGAAACGCCCAGGAGCUCAUGCUGAUCCUAGAGGACUACUGGGCACGGCAUCCGGAGUACCAACAGUACCCGAUCUACUACGCAAGUGCGCUGGCGCGGAAGUGCAUGAUCGUAUAUCAGACCUACAUCGACGCCAUGAACGACAACAUACGAAAGAAGUUCCAAGCGUCGCAGGCUGGGACGGGACAAGGGCCGUGGGACUUCAAGUUCAUCCGCAGUCUGCGCGGACUCGAGAAGUUUGAAGACAUCGGCGGAUGCGUGAUGUUGGCGAGUCCAGGCAUGCUGCAGAACGGUGUGAGCCGGAGCUUGCUGGAGCGUUGGGCACCGAAUGACAAGAAUGCUGUCAUCAUCACCGGCUACAAUGUCGAAGGCACUAUGGCACGGACCAUCCAGACCAACCCCGACACCAUCCCAGCCAUCAUGACCGGACGCCAGCAAGGGCAAGGCUUACUCGGAAAGCGAGGUCCAGGCGGCGACGACCAGCAGAUGAUCCAGCGGCGUUGCAAAGUGGAAGAGUUCUCGUUCGCUGCCCACGUCGACGGCCAAGAGAACAGGAUCUUUGUGGAAGAGGUCAAUGCGCCUGUGGUCAUCCUUGUGCAUGGAGAGAAGCACAACAUGAACCGCUUCAAGUCGCGCUUGCUGAGUCUGCAGAAGUUCAAGGUGUACUCGCCUGCGAACUGCGAGGAGGUGCGGAUACCGUUCAGGAGAGAGAAGGUUGCCAGGGUGGUGGGGAGACUGGCGAGUCGGGUGCAGCCGUUGCCAACGCCGCCGAAGUCUGAAGAGGGAGACGACGAGGAUGGCGAGGGUGAGGCGAAGAGAAGGAAGGAAGCUGAGCAGCAAGUGGUCAGUGGAGUGCUGGUGCAGAACGACUUCAAGCUUUCGCUCAUGGCGCCGGAAGAUCUUCGGGAGUAUGCUGGACUGACCACCACGACGAUCAUCUGCCGCCAGCGACUCACCCUUGCUGCUGCCGGCACCGAGCUGAUCAGAUGGGCUCUCGAAGGCACUUUCGGAACUGUGACUGUGGUUGCCGACAAGCACAUGACAAAUGGGAACAGCAUAGGUCACGAGAAGGUGGAAGAUGCCGAUGAAGAGGUCCCGCGUCAAGACGACACAGUCUUCGAAGUCAUGGGCGGCGCUGUGCGCCUCAUCUGCCGUCAAGGAGGAGAGGUCGAGCUCGAGUGGGAGGGCAAUGCUACAAACGAUGGAAUCGCUGACGCGGUCAUGGCGGUACUGCUGACGCUUGAGUCGUCACCGGCGGCUGUGAAGCAGAGCAGUAAGCUGCAUAGCCAUGGCCAUGAGCACAGCGACGAGUAUGAUCCCUUCGGCGACUCUACGGAGGUCAAAGCACCGAACGGGGUGGGCGAAGCAGAUACGAAUGGGAAGAAGCCGGGCAAGAACCCGUUCGCCAAUCUCGAUCCAGAAACCAAGCUCAACCGGCUCUUCAUGUUCCUCGAAGCGCAGUUCGGCGAGCAGGCCAUCCAGCCUAUCGCCGAGCCGAAGCUUCCUGAGCUCAAUGGGUCAGCAGAAGAAGGAGACGAUGUCGGCCGCGAGAAGGCUGCAGCCACUGAGCUUGCACGACUGCACGGCGUGGGCAUUCCAGUCCCAGGGAUACAGAUCUCGGUGGACAAGAUGGUGGCGAAGGUAUGGUUGGAGCAUCUGGAGGUCGAGUGUGGGCAUAAGAGUUUUGCGGACAGAGUGCGUGCGGUCACAGAGCGGUCCAUGCAAACUAUACAGCCGCUUUGGCAGUAG